AUGACCGCAGAUAUCAAGGCCCUAAACAACCUCAUCAAGGCCACAGAAGAAGCCAGCCUCUCGCCCGAGGCCCGCAAAUCCCACGCCAGCAAAGUGGCCGACCACGUCAAGAAACUCGGCGUCAUCAAAGCCUUCCAUGAGGGUCAUCUCGUCAAGACCCUCACCGCCCUCCUCGAGAACAAGAAGCAGGGCCAUAUCCGUGAGGCUGCUCUGUUGAUCCUUGCCGAGGUCUCCAAGGCCGUCGGCCAGGCCGGUGAACCCUACUUGAUUCCUUUAAUGCCAAAGGUCCUCGACGGAUAUGCCGACAAGGUCGCUACCGUCCGUGAUGCGGCCGACAGUGCGUCAAAGGCCAUUAUGUCUCUGCCUUCGAUGUAUGCCGUCAAGCUGUUGUUGCCGGUUCUCUUCGACACUAUUGAGAAUGGAAAGUGGCAAUCUCAGUGCGGAUCUUUGAAGAUCUUGGCUGGCCUCUGCAAGACCUCACCCAAGAUUGUGCCCAUCCUCAGCGCCAGUAUGUGGUCCACCCGCCCAGAGGUCCAGGAAGAGGCGACCAAGACAACAACCGCCUGUUUCGACGUCGUCGGAAAUCCGGAUCUGACAAAGUCCAUCCCCUUCCUCGUCGGCUGUAUCAAGAACCCCGAGGAGGCUCCCGAUUGUAUCCACCAAUUGGCCUCGACAACCUUCGUCACCACCGUCGAGGCCCCCACUCUCGCCAUCAUGAAUCCACUCCUUAUCCGUGGUCUUGCCGAGCGCUCGCCCGCCAUCCAGCGUCAGACCGCCGUCAUUAUCGACAACAUGUGUAAGCUGGUCGAGAACCCCGCUCACGCCCAUCAGUUCUUGCCCAAGCUCUUACCCGGUCUUGACCGGAUGAUCGAAAUCGGAGCCUCGCCCGAGCUCCGCUCGGUCGCUGAGCGUGCCCGUGCCACCUUGGUCCGUGUCGGUGGUGGUGAGAAGGGCCACGAGGACGCCUUGGUCAACAUUGCCUAUGAGGUUAAGCCUGACGAGGUCUUUGAGCAGAUCAAGAAGUCGUUGGGUGAGAAGGUCAAGAUUGACGACUUUGUCAAGACCAGUUUGAACUACAGCGCAGGACUCUGCUCAGAGUUGGUCACUGCCCGUGAUUUCGAGGCUGAGGCAUGGCAUGCUUCAGUCGAGCCUUACUUGGUCACCUUUGUCUCCAAGGACGAUGCCAAGCGUGUCGCGACCGAGGUCCACAAGUACUUUGUCGAGUUUGAUGCCAAAAACACCCGCGACAAUGCUGCCGUCGAGGAUGUCGAGGAGGGUGAACUCCUCUGCGACUGUGAGUUCUCGCUCGCCUACGGUGGCAUGAUUCUCUUAAACAAGACCCGUCUCAACCUUCGCCGUGGUCAGCGCUAUGGACUUUGCGGUCCCAACGGCGUCGGAAAGUCGACCCUCAUGCGUGCCAUUGCUGAUGGUCAGCUCGAGGGUUUCCCUCCAGCAGACGAGCUCCGCACUGUCUUUGUCGAGCACAACUUGCAGGCCGAAGAGGCCGAUCUCCCCGUUGUCCAGUUCAUGUUUGCCGAUCCCAAGCUAGGAGACAUCCCCCAUGAGGAGGUCGUCUCAAGGUUGGCCUCUGUCGGUUUCACGGAUGCAAUGCAACAGCAGGCUGUCGGUUCUCUCUCUGGCGGUUGGAAGAUGAAGCUCGAGUUGGCCCGCGCCAUGUUGAUGAACGCCGAUAUCUUGCUGCUGGAUGAGCCCACUAACCACUUGGAUGUCAACAAUGUCGCCUGGCUCGAGAACUACCUGACCUCACUCACCAACGUCACCUCAAUGAUUGUCUCCCACGACUCGAGCUUCCUCGACACCGUCUGCACAGGCAUCAUCCACUACGAGAGUCGCAAGCUCAAGAAGUACCGCGGUAAUCUCUCCAAGUUUGUCGAGCAGUACCCCGACGCCAAAUCCUACUACGAGCUCAAGUCAUCCCUCGUUACCUUCAAGCUUCCCGAGCCCGGUUUCUUGGACGGUGUCAAGUCCAAGGACAAGUCCAUCUUGCGUUUCGUCAACAUCUCGUUCACCUACCCCGGCAAUACUGUCCCCACCAUCAGGAACAUGUCUGCCCAGGUCUCUCUCAACUCUCGAGUUGCCGUCGUCGGUCCCAACGGUGCUGGUAAAUCGACUCUGAUCAAGGUCCUCACAGGAGAGACCGUCCCUCAGGUCGGCGAGGUUAUCAAGCACCCCAACCUCCGUGUCGCCUACGUCGCCCAACACGCCUUCCACCACGUCGAGAUGCACAUGACAAAGACCCCCAACGAGUACAUCCGCUGGCGCUACCAGUACGGUGAGGACCGUGAGCUUGCCAGCAAGGCCACUCGCCAGAUCACGCCCGAAGAAGAGGCGCAGAUGAAGAAACUGAUCCAAUGGGAGAUUGACGGCAACAUGUUGAAGCUCCAGAUCGACGAUAUCUACGGUCGUCGUAAGGCCAAGCGCUCGUUUGACUAUGAGGUCCAAUGGGUCGGUCGUCCCUUCGACGAUAACGCCUGGAUCUCACGUGAGAAGCUCGAGGAUUGGGGUUUCGAGAAGUUGGUCCAAGCCUUUGACGACAAGGAGGCCGCCCGUGCCGGAGCAUGGACCCGUUCCUUGACUGCCGUCGAAGUCGAGAGGCACCUCGGCGACCUAGGUCUCCCCGCCGAGUUUGCAACCCACAACCACAUCAAAGGUCUCUCUGGUGGUCAAAAGGUCAAGGUCGUCCUCGCCGCCGCCAUGUGGCUCAACCCACAUAUCCUCGUCCUCGACGAGCCCACCAACUAUCUCGAUCGCGACUCCCUCGGAGCCUUGACAGAGGCCCUCCGCGAUUUCGGAGGCGGUGUCGUUAUUAUUUCCCAUCACCGCGACUUUACCGACGCCAUCUGUACCGAGACCUGGUCAAUCCAAGCCGGAGAACUGACCGUGACAGGCAACAACUACACCCAGCGUGCAGAGUCCAAGAUUGUUCAGGCAGAAGCCGAGACAAAGAUUGAUGCUUUCGGAAACGUCGAGAAGGUCAAGUCAACCCGCAAGUUGUCCCGUAAGGAGGUGAAGGAAAAGCAGAAGCGUCGUGCUGCUGCCAAGAAGCGUGGUGAGGAGGUCUCUGAUUCUGAGGAGGAGCUGUAA